AUGACUCUCGGUUUGGCUAGUAACCACUGGCCUGAGUUAGAGACUGAUUUGAGGUCGUGUCUAGGCGAGAUAUUUGUUCGCUCCAUUCCUUGUUCGCAGUUGGAGACUUCUGGCAGCCCGAAGGCAGGUACCCGAGACGCAGACAGCGACGAAGCUUGUAUUGCGAAGCUGGCCAAUCAACUGGUCGGAGUGACCAGACUUCUCGUUUUGCCGUCGACAACCGAGGCCCGAUUGUGGCAAGCAGAGCUAUUCCUUGCCGCCGCAGACAGAGCUUUUGUUCAACGGAUUGUGCUGGCUUCGUCAACUCUGGUGCUCCUUCCCCACACACGGUAA